AUGACUCCAGCUAGAACUUUGGAUAGAGAAGAGCCCAGCUAUUUUGGCGCAGGACCAGCACUCUUACCGACCGAUGUCCUACAACAAGCAGCAUACGACUUGCUUUCCUACGAAGGAGACGCCAUUGGCAUUGGCGAGAUCUCACACCGUUCUAAACCAGCCACUGCGGUGAUUGACGAAACCAAAAAGAAUCUCAAAACUUUACUCAAUGUGCCCGACAACUAUGAAAUUUUCUUUCUUCAAGGAGGCGGAACUGGGGGGUUUUCGGCAAUCGUUUACAACAUGAUGGCCCACUAUGCGAAAAAGACUGGCAAAAAGGGUAAAGCAGCCUACGCGGUGACAGGCGCAUGGUCUGCCAAGGCAUUUGAAGAAGCGCAAAGGUUAGGGUUUGACGCUUAUGCCGUUGCCAACACCAAAAAGGACAAUUACGGCGACAUUCCACCUUACUCUGAAUGGGGGCCCAUACAAGAAGACACGGCUUAUUUGUGGGUUUGCGACAACGAAACCGUGAAUGGGAACGAGUUCAGCGACAUACCGGGACCCGAGUAUUUGCCCCAGGACGUGCCACUAAUUGCCGACACCUCAUCCAACAUCUUGUCCAAACGGGUCGAUGUCAGCAAAUACGGCGCCAUCAUGGCGGGCGCCCAGAAGAAUAUCGGCAUUGCCGGCUUGACCAUUUACAUUGUAAGGAAGGACUUGUUGGAUCAAGCAAGCGAUGCCGAGUUGAGGAAAUUGGACGUUGCGUUGCUGCCCAUCGCCUGGAGUUUCCCGCUUGUUAUCAAGAACAACUCUGCUUACAACACGAUACCUUUAUUCACGUGUGAGAUUUUGAAGUUGGUUACGCGAAAGUUGAUUGCCGAGGGUGGAAUCGAGGAAAUCGAAAAGAUCAACGAAAGGAAAGCCAAGAUUUUGUACGGUGCCUUGGAGUCGCAGGCCAGUUUCUACAAAUUGCCUGUUUUCAACCAAAAUGCGAGAUCCAGAAUGAAUGUUGUUUUCAAGACCCCGAGCGAGGAGUUGGAUGCCCAGUUUGUCAAGGAGGCCGAUGCAAAGGGAUUGAAGGGAUUAAAGGGACAUAGAUCUGUCGGAGGUAUUAGAGCUUCGAUUUACAAUGCUGUUUCGCUCCAGAGUGUGGAGCAAUUGGCUGACUUUGUUGUUGCAUUUGCCAAAGCAAACUCUUGA